UAUAACCUCAAACUUUUCGUUCGGAUUUCACAAUAUUUUUACAAAGCUGUUUAUUAUUGAGUGUCUUUUUGUAUUUCUAAAAUGUUCCUAACAAAUGUCCUAUUAAAAAAAGCUAAAUCCAAGAGUAUUAUGGUGAUGAUGGAAAGUGUUGUUUCUGGACAUCGAAUUAAUCUAAUAAGAGAAAGGCUAGCAGACAAAUUGGAAGUGAUAAGAUUUGACCCAUUUAUUCAACAGGAAAGUUUAUACAAGGAGAAGAAAAAAAUCCGCAGCAUGAAAUCAAAAUAAACUUAGAAUUACUAAAUUAGGUUAAAUAAAACAUUUGUUAAUAUGUAGUUAUAAUAUAUUUAAAACAAUAAAUGAAUAGUGGUUA